AAUUUAUAUAACCAAAACUCAUAAUAGUUUUAUUUUACUUUCAACUGAUCGAUUCGUUAGCAUGUGAUAGAUAGACAGAGAGAGAGAAAAAGUAGCUUUCAGAAAUUGGAAAGUUCUGUCGUCUGCUUUUCCACGCCUGCGUGGACCGGAUGGUGUAAUUUGUUUUGUUUUUUCCCCCACCACGUGCUGUACAGAGAAAAGGAAAACCUAUACUUAUUCGGUUUCACUACCUGUGUUGGUGUGUGAGUUGUGUCUCUUUACCUAAUUAAUAUGCAACGGCUGAAGGAUAAGCUACACAUCCCAAAGGCACAGUCUUUCCACGAGGUGGGAAGUUUGGAAACUAUAGUGCGAGAUUCAAUAUAUUUGGCAUGGCCGGGGGCCAGUUUCGACAGCAGCAGCGGCGGCAGCGACAAGAAAGAGUCCCGGAGAUAUCUGCAACGUCAGCCCGACGCCAUCGAGGAGGAGGACGACGAUAAUGAAUUACAUUGUAGAAAACGGAAGAAUGUUUAUUUAAUGAAGUUCCAACACAAUGGUUUUUCCCAUGAUAUACCGUGGAUCGAUGGUGUUUACAUGUGA